AUGCCAAACUGGGGAGGAGGUGCCAAGUGUGCGGCCUGUGAGAAGACGGUGUAUCAUGCAGAGGAGAUCCAGUGUAACGGGAGGAGCUUCCAUAAGACCUGCUUCAUCUGCAGUGAGCACGCUGACGUGUCUUCUUCUCCUCUUCCUGUCUGUGUUGCUCCUUUUUCUUGCUCCAUUUACUGCCAGUUAUUUUCCCUCACUUUUGUCUGUCAUCUUGCCUCUUCACCUGCUGUUGUCAUUUAAUCAUUCUGAGUGUUUUCAUGGUUCUGCCUGGUUUAUUUUUCCUGUUGGGUCUUAGUGUUUCUAACCUGACUUCUUCCUUUCUCUACUUUUUGCUUCUCUCCAUCUAUCUUUUUCUUUCUUUCAUCCUUGCUGUCUGUAUUGUCUCUUCAUUGUUUGCUUUCUUGCCCUCUUUCUGUCCAUCCUUCCUUCUUCCCUUCCACUUCCACUCUCUUUGUUGGAGGUUAACCUGCACUGACCACUGUCUCUCAGCUGUAUCUCUGAAGUCCCCUUCACUCCUGCGCUGUUUGCUCAUUGGUCACUCUCUGACUUUUCCACUCUCCUCUUCUGCUUUGUCUCCGUGUCCUGACCUGAAUUUAAGUUGUGGUCAUGUUGACAAACAGCCAUGGUUCAUUAGGCCAUGACCAGCUCUCUAAACCCCUCGCUCUCUAAUCCAGGAAAGCACAGAGUGGACACCUCAUACAGGCUUACUGUCCUCUGAACAAACACAAACACUUUCCAGUUGGAUGACCUGCUGACGGUUCCAGAGGGAGCUCUGAAAGGCCGCUGAGAUAAGCUCAUCCAUCUGUAGCUGUUCGUCUUUUCUCCAACAUUUAGCUCACCCUCUCCUCUCUCCCUAUAAAUAGAAACACAAGACAUGACACAGGACAUCUGGCUAAGUGUAAUGUCAGUGUUGACUGAUAUAAACAGGGAGGUGGGAGCUUAAUUUAACUCCAUUACUCCACCAUGGCACUUCACUUGAACUUACCAGUUCACCUAACCAUUGGAUCUGACUGGGGGUUCGAUUGUGCGCUGUUCAAUUAGUGCCAAAAUAGAGAUAAGAAGAACUUUGCUGAUUAUAUUAAAUAAAGUCUAACAUGCUCUGAUUUUGUUGACUAAACUUUUACUUAAUUUUUCAUGAGUAGAUGAUACGAUACAAAAGAACUUUUUUGUUUGUCUGAAGUCUCUACUCAUCUACUAUUUGUCGAGGAAUUAAAAAGUUUGAUGGCUGUGGGACCAAAAGAUCUUCUGAAUCUCCUCAUCCUUCAGCAAAAAGAGAGGAGCCGUCCACCGCUGUUGUUUGUUUUAAACAGGAUGUUGAGCCUUUAUAAUCUUAGUGAUUGUUUCAUGGAGAACAUCACAUGGAACUUCAGCCGUUGCCUCGCAUGGGAUGUAUACAAGUAUUGUAUGAUAUGACUUAAUUUUCUUGGGACAUAAUAUGGCGGAAGAGCAACUGCCAACAGUUCAAUAUCUGGACAACACAACUUCUCCUUGACAGCAAUGACUUGACAGCCAGACCCCCGCCUUUCUAUUUGCCUCUAGUUUUAGCAUCUCUGUCUGAUCUUAUAAGAGUCAAGCCUGGUAGAUCCACACUGGAGUGGUUCUUUGUUUUGGUCAUUACUGAGCUUUUACAUGCCAAGAGAUGCAUUGAGGGGCAGAUGAUGGGAGUGUAAGCUGAGCUACCCCUAAAUGAGAUUUAGGCUCUGUUAUGGGCCCUGAUUUAAAACCACAGCAAGGAUUUGUAUGGUCUUUAUCGGGCAUCAAGUUUUUAUAGAUAUUUAGUCUCAUAAAAAUGCUAAAAUAUGUUUCUUUUUUCAUUCAUCUGUGAGGAUAAGAUGGUGGUACCAGUACUCUCUUGGUUCAUUUUUUUGGUGAUCAGAAUCAGCAAAUCAUUAGUUUUAUUUUCUCAAUUUCUAAAGUGAAUGAAACAUGUCUCUUCAGUCCUUUUGGAGCUAGACAGAUGCUGCUGUCAUCUUCUUUCCAACUAAACUCUCUAUUUGUCAGAUUUGUAUUAAUUAGAUGUCAUUCCGCAGAGGAAACAGAUGUUUGUUUUUUUGGGGUGAUAUUAUGAAUCAAGAAGAGACAUUGCGGUAUGGACAGGACAAGAGAGGGUACUAGCAGCUGGUAAGAAGGUAGUAGGUGAAAAGGUCAAAUUUAGAAGUGGCGAAUACUGUAGUGUAUUUUGAUUCUUUUUUGUCUUUGUUUGUUAUUCUUCUCGUCUUGUUCUAACCGAAGUACAUUUUAAGAUCAAACCCUGUAUAAGUAUGUUAUUUUCCUCCAUUUCUGCCCUACAGUGACCUGCAGAAAAGGUCUGGACAGCACCACAGUUGCAGCUCAUGAAUCUGAGAUCUACUGCAAGUCCUGCUACGGCAAGAAAUACGGGCCAAAAGGCUACGGAUAUGGACAGGGAGCUGGAGCUCUGAGCUCUGAUCCUCCGGGACAGAAUGAUCUGCAGAAUCAAGAGUAUGUAUGAAGCCUUCAGUUUCGGAUUCCAGAUCACAAAUGGUGGCUUUUUGCUCUCUUUUUUCAGUUUUUUGUAAAUUGAUCAUUUUGGAGGUUGGGAUGAAUUGAUUAAGCCCGUCUAUCUUUCAAAGCCACAUAACUCGACCCCCUACACAAUGAGAGUCAAAUAGAAGAGAAAUAAAGAUGUUAAAGGACAUUUUCUCAUGACUUUUCAACAGAUCCAAACCACGCCAAACCUCAUCCAGCUCCAACAGCAGCAAAGUCUCACAGAAGUUUGGGAGCUCUGACCGCUGUCCUCGCUGCUCCAAAGCCGUCUACGCAGCAGAGAAGGUGAUGGGGGCAGGAAAGGUAAGAACUGACUGACUUACUCUGCCGGGUUUUAUUCUGGGUUUUUGUAACUUUUGUUUCCACUGAGUUUGUUCUUUGUAAAAGUUAGUUAUCUCCACUUUUUUUUAUUAUCAUUAUAAGAUGUACUUUCUGUGUUUUUGUGUUGCUAAGCCUUGGCAUAAGACCUGUUUCCGCUGCCUGAAGUGUGGUAAAAGCCUGGAGUCGACGACGGUGACUGAUAAGGAUGGAGAGCUGUACUGUAAAGGUACAUAAUAAACCGCACGCAACACAAGAGCACACAAUCACUCGUACUUCUAUACCUGUGUGUAGUUUUUCAGCUCUAAAUUUAACCUAAAUCAAAUCCUACUCUUGGUUUUAACAUCAAAUACAAUUUUAAGGCUCUACUAAAAAGAGAUCAUAACUCAGAUUUGUCCCUGGAUGAUUAGCCGUAGAAAAUUUUAUGUCAUAAACACGGAAGUCAUAUUUGACAUGCUGUCUGUGAGUGACACAGCUCUGUUUCUGAAUUCCUCUCCAGUCUGUUACGCCAAGAACUUCGGCCCUAAAGGAUUCGGUCUGGGCAACGAGGCCAUGCUGGAGGAACGACAGUGA